UUCUUUUCCCGUGCAGUGCAGACGUUGGUAGUGCCCCGUGUGUGUGCGCGCGUGCGUUCUUAGUUUUCGGUGUGCCCUCAACUCAGCAAGGAGGAAGGCAAAGUUUUUGAACAAUUCAUAACCUCCCAAAUUGCUUGAAGAGCUGCGUGCAUAUUAAUUACUGCGGACGGCGACGAUGGCAGCAUGUUGCAAAGUGAAGAACAACAGUGAUGGCGGCGUCGGUGGCUACUGCAAAUGGUGCUCCGGUGCAUGGUACUGUUGCGGCGGCGGCCAUCAUCGCUGUUCUGCACGGUUAGUUGGAAAAUGGGUGCUACCCGGCAUAAAAUAAUAGGAACUGUAGCUAAGACCAGUAGCAGCAGCAGCUAUCUAUCGCGUUUGAUUAGCACCCCUUGCUGCGGUUCGCCCUUCCUCAGAUGCGCACUAGGCCGGGUAAUCUUUCUAAGACCCGCAUCCAGCAGCAGCAGCAGUUAGGCAGGAAAAAGAAGCUCCCGGGUCGAAAAAACAUAAUGGCGUGUGAGAGCAGAGUUGUAAUGAUGAUAGAAGCCGGUAGCUCUUAAAUCACGUUGCAAAGAUUCGGAACACCGUAUGGGAGCGUGUGCAUUGGUGUGUGCGUGUGUGUGCGCACGCGGAGAAAAUGUAAUUAGGAGUCAAAUGUCGGUAAAAGUAUAUGGAGUCGUCAGACGUUCAAUAUCACCGACGCCGCCGCCGCCUACCUUGCGAAUUUUGAAAUGGAACUAAACUAGGAGGCAAAGGUGUUCCCUAUUUUCGCCUGUGUGUGUGUGUGGUUAAAAUGACAGUGUGUGCGCGUGGUUCAGUUGUGUCUGGAUUGUGGUAAAAUUUCGGAAAAGACUCCCAGAAAACAGUUUUCAUGGCUGUCUCUGGGAUUGAUCUCGACCUCGCGAAGAGAGCGCGUGUGCCUCUAGGAAAGGAGCAACAGCGUGAAGUUCAAACUUAUUUGGGCUCACACGGCAAGGCUACUUGGAAACACUCUCUACUCGACUAUCAUGGCUACUUGGCUGGGGAUGGGUGUUGGAUGAAGUUGGUUAUGAAGCCCUACACCAUGUGAAUUGGACGUUCGUUGGAUUUUCAGAACAUCGGCCUGCGGCACCCCUCACAAUCACCACAACAACACACCGAUCGAUUGUUCCUUGGCGGGCACGUCUCGGCAUCUAGGAAAUGAGACAAGUGCGAUAAGCAACGAAGACUAAGCGCGAAUGUAAUUCUCGAGUCAAGCGAAAGCAGGAAACGCGGCCGAGAGUUGCCGUGUCCUUAUCGGUCGAUUUGUGCCUGCGCCGCGAUCCCUUUUGCCACAGAGUCCCGGACCGUCCGAGUGUGUGAAGAAGGGGGAGUGAGGGGAGCUGAAGCUGGUAAGGAUUUUUCAUCACCCGCAACCAAAAACCAUCGAUCCCACCUCUCUUUUGUGUGCCGUUGUUAACGAGGAAUUUUCAUCCACCUCUCUCUACCCUAAUGCCGUGGCAAUAAAGGAAGGAGGCUAUAUCGCUAAGAGAGCGAGAGCCGUCACACCAAUCCUGGCAACAUCUGUUUCCGUGGUGGGCCCCCUCCAAGAAAGGAGAGAAGAAAGGUGAGCUGAAAACGGGGCUAAUGGACGACGACAUCGAACUAUUCGCAGUAAAUUCGCCGUUUUCAUAAGCAAACCCCCAUACCGCCGCACCAUAAAUCAGCAGCAAGUGGGCAGGCAGAGGUCGAUGUUGGCGAAGAACAAUUAUCCUCCAAUCUACUAUAAGCGGCAUCCUUCCCGUGUCGGAGAGUCUCUCCGAUGAUGAGUCCUCGAUAUCAUGAUGUUGCGCUAAUUCUCCAGUAGAGGUUCUCUGGCGAAUACAUCAAGAGGAGGAUCCUGUGGGGCGGCUGCGGGAUAUCAUCCUGCGUUUGACAGCAAAUUAUUCACACGCCCACGCAAAAUUGCGAGCGCGAGAGAUAACAGCAGCGCGCGAGAGUGGCCAAGCAAACGGGAGAGAGAGAGAGAGAGAGCCCAGACACGCGGGGACGCAGCAGUCGGAGACUUGCCGCCGCUAUCUUCUAUCAUUGUCGCAUGCCGCGCCGUCUGUAAGUGAUGAGCUCGAUUUGUUGAAGGUGGUGAGCACCACGAAAGGACGAAGUGUUCAAGCGCGCGCGACACGUGAACACAAGAUUGGCGCGGAAGGCAAGGUGAAAGCAGCUAGCAGAAAGAGAGCGAGAGAGAGAGAGAGGUGUGUGUGCUCUGCGCAUCGCCGCUUCGUAAAACGACGGGAGUCUGGAUCUGAAUGUGCUUCAUCGCGCGUCAGUUCGUUUACCGAAGGUCAAACAGAGUCUGUGCUGCUGCUGCUGCCUAGCUUUGAACUUCCCUGCCAAGAAGGAACCAGUUACAUUAAGGCACACACUGGUGAGCCUGGAACAACGCGUUAAUCAAUAUUAAAAUACACCAUCAACCGCUAGAUGACUCACAGAUACACCGAGGCAAAGAGAGAGACUUUCGGUCUUACACAGAAAAAGGUGCAGAAGUGUGGAGCUUGUGGUGCCGUAUUUGUCAUCGGCUCAAAAUCGGUUCGAUUGAUCCUUCCUACCGUGUAUGUGUGUGUGUUUGUGUGGCUCGCUGCCAAACGGCCAUCGAAAGCAUCACAAACCAAUUAAGAUCUGGCCUCUUUCUCUCUGCUUGAGAAUAUUGGUUGAUUGGUGCCGAUGUCCUAAAAGGGCCAAGUGUCCGACGAAGCCACCAGGGGGGAUAGUUGGAUUUUAUUUUUGUCCCCCACCGGAGUGAUGAUAAUAUUGGAAUCGUUGCCAAAUCGCGAUAGAAUCGUACCAGCCAGACGGAAAAAAUCUAGGCGCGGCGGUGGCGUGUAUGGGGAAACACACCGACAGACCACCUACAACGACGACGAGCGACGAGAGACGGCGGUUAGGGAAGGUGUGAAUGUUCAAAGUGCCGUAGCUGCUGGGCGAAGCAGAUAGAAGAGAGAGGACAACGAUGGCCUCAUCACAGACCACCACCACCACCACCGGUGCCGCCGCUGCUGCUGGACUGCGGGAGUUUGUCGAAGGAUGGACAUUGGCGCAAACGCUCGGCGAGGGAGCUUAUGGCGAAGUGAAGCUGCUCAUAAACCGACAGUCGGGCGAGGCGGUGGCGAUGAAGAUGGUGGAUCUGAAGAAGCAUCCGGACGCUGAAAGCUCGGUCAAGAAGGAGGUGUGUAUACAGAAGAUUCUGCAGCACCAAAACAUCUUGAAGUUUUUCGGCAAACGGACGCAGGGCGACAUCGAGUACAUCUUUCUCGAGUAUGCUGCCGGUGGUGAGCUGUUCGAUCGGAUAGAGCCGGACGUUGGAAUGCCACUGCCGGAAGCGCAGCGGUACUUCAAUCAACUGCUGGCCGGUGUCGAUUAUCUGCAUACCCGCGGCGUGGCGCACCGUGAUCUGAAGCCCGAGAAUUUGCUGCUGGACGAGCAUGACAAUGUGAAGAUAUCGGAUUUCGGGAUGGCCACCAUGUUUAGAAUGAAGGGCCGAGAACGGUUGUUGGAUAAAAAGUGUGGCACACUACCGUACGUGGCGCCCGAGGUGCUGGUAAAACCGUACCGAGCGACACCGGCCGAUCUGUGGUCCUGCGGCAUCAUCCUCGUUACCAUGCUAGCCGGAGAACUGCCCUGGGAUCAACCAUCGUCCGGGUGUGCGGAGUAUCUCUGCUGGAAGGAGAACAAGUACACUACCUCAACGCCCUGGUGCAAGCUGGACACGCUCACGCUCUCGCUGCUGCGAAAGAUCCUGGUGGCGAACCCGGCCCAAAGGCUAACGCUGGACAAGCUGCAGGACCACAAAUGGUGCCAGACACAGUUCCACCUGCAAGGCAUUGCCGAUAUAGGCGGCAACAACGGUGGUGGCGGUUUGGGCGGCGGUGUUGUUGUCCAUCACGGCACGGCUGCUGCCGGUGGGGGCGAUGUGAUCGAUGGGCGGCCGUCACCACGCGCGAAGCGGCUUUGCUCGAAUCAGAACAUUUCCAGCCCGCUGGAUGAUUCCACUUCCCGCAUGUGCCAGUCGCAACCGGUGCCGGUGAUUGUGCACACCGAGGUGAACGGUGUCGAGGAAGCGAUCGAGGCGCGGAACGGGUUCUGCUUCUCCCAGCCCACCAUGCUGGACGAUCUCAUCCUCUGCACGCAGCUCAACCCCACGCAGAGCGUCGGCACGCAGCAGCAGCAGCAGCAAAACCCCUUCCAGCGGCUGGUGCGCCGCAUGACGCGCUUCUUCGUCUCGACGCGGUGCGACGAAACGUUGAAGCGUCUGUCGUCGGCGCUGGAGAAGCUCGGCUACAGCUGGAAAUCGAACGACGAGGGCGUGAUCACGAUAUCGACGAUCGAUCGGCGUAAGCUGCAGCUCAUCUUUAAGGCCAACAUUGUGGAGAUGGACGGGAAGAUACUGUGCGACUUCCGGCUGUCGAAGGGUUGCGGGCUGGAGUUCAAGCGGCGAUUCAUUAGGAUUAAGCAGUGUCUGGCGGAUAUCGUGAUGAAGGGACCGGUUACGUGGCCGAUCGCAAUCGCGACCAACUCUGUGCCUUAGGAAGGGAGGGAUUUUUUUUUAAAGGACGAUAGAGAGAGAGAGGGAGAGAGAGAGAUUGUGUACAGUAGGGGACGAAAGACAUUGUUUUCUUCCUUUUUUUUUAUAUACAACCGAAUAGAGAGGAUGAUGAGGUGGGGGAAAACUGUUGUUAAGCUUCCGAACGCGGAAUCUCGCACUCGAUUGUGUGAAAUUGUGACAUGAGUAUGAAACAGAAAGUGUUCAGAAGAAGAAAGUUGGUGUGUAUUGAGAGAUACGCUCUGUGAGCGCAAUAACAUGUCCUCAAGCUUGUGCCAAACUUCUAAGCUAUGUUUGUGUGUGUGGAUUUUGGAGACGAGACAAUUAACUUGAGGACUGUUACCAAGGAUCGCUUAUAUAUUGACAGGUGAAGAACCAAUCGAAUGACUAACCCAUCCCCCACCCCGACCCGUCGUUCCAGCUAUUAUCGGCGGGUCGGGUGUCCGUUAUACAGUAAGGUGUUGAAAAGUAUUUCAUGUUACAUGACACAGCGAGAAGAACAAGGUGGUGGUGGUGUGGUGUAUGUUGUGGCAGAAUUUAUGUACACAAACACACACACUAAUAAUCGCCUUUUUGAUAAUUCCUAUUUUAAACGAACUUACUGAAUAUACACAGCACAAGCAAGACGUGGAGCACGGUGUGUAUGCGCUUUCUGUUUUGCAAAUGUUUUGUACUAUCUCCUAGAGCUUCCUUCCAGGUUUUACAUCCACACUCACAGAUACAAAUCACAAAACGUUUAUAAAAAAAGCGCAAGCGAGAACGA